AUGACUAUGGCAUCCUCUCUCCCCAGCAACCACUGUACAAGACAGGCAUGCUUACCAUUUUCCAACUACAAUUAUCAAGCAAAAGACAAUAACAUGAGCAAGCUUGAAAUGAAAGAAACCGAAGCCUUCCUGGCUUCAGAGAUGAAUCGAUUGUCGGUGCAAGAGCGGUCGAACGCAUUGGAUGACCUACACUGUGUAGGAGAAGAGGUCCAAGAGACCCCUGAUAUGAUUCAGAAAGCACUUGCCGAUUUUGACCAAGCAGUUCGGAAAGAACAGAAUCCUUUCUAUGAAAUGGCCAUGAAUCAAAAUAGGGCAUACGUGGAAGACCCUACCUUUCGUCUGAAGUUCUUGAGGGCCAAGUUGUUUAAUGCUCGUGAAGCGGUUCGGAAGAUGAUGAGUCUUCUCGAGUGCAAAGCGAAAUACUUCGGUCAUGGCAAGGUUGGUCGAGAAAUAACAUUGGAUGACCUGAGUGAGGAGGACAAGCAGCUAAUGCUAUCGGGAAUAUACCACAUCCAAGAUGGGAGAGAUCGAAAUGGGAGGCUUAUCCUACAUUUUUUCGGCAAGAUGCUUAGUCGAUGUAAAGCUGAUAACUUGAUUCGCAUCGGCUACUACAUCAUGUACAACAUAUUGUCCUCCCUCCCGGAUGUACAAAGGAAGGGAAUUGUGGUAAUCUACAACGAUACUACAUUACCUGAGGAAACCUUUUCAAUGCCUGGAUUUCACUUCAUCAAAGAGCUUCUAGCAUUCUAUGACUCUAAAGCAGUUCGAUUCUCUGGAAUCCACUACUGUCUACAGACCAAAGGACAAAAUCUUGAGCUGAGCAACGUUAUUAUUAAUUUAUUUUUGAAAGGAGCCCCUCAAGAGACUCGCGUGAGAACUCGGAUCCAUUAUGGGUCCAUUAUCGAGCUCCAGUACCAGCUCCAAAGCUAUGGUAUUCCCUUAUCCACACUACCGUUUGGGGUACAAGGGAACAUUCGUAUUGACAUUCUGAAUGUGUGGCUGCAUAGGCACCUAGAACAGACCAAUCAAAGGAUUUGCUUCCUCGAAUCCGAGGCCUCUCAUGGUUGGUCUCAAAACAUGGAGGUAGAAAGCGACUUUGGUAACCAUGAGCAGCUUUUGCACUCUGAUGCGAAUACAGAUGACGUAAGAGAAGCUUUAGUGUUGGAUCUUUGGCACAUCUGCGACCCAAUGUGGGCAUCAACUGAAGAGGACCCUGGUGAUACUACGCACAUCAAUUCUGUGCCAGGGUCAAUAGAACCGACUGAGAUGGAUGUUUUGUUUGGAAAAGGAUAUCGGCUACAGUUGCAUCCUGGCAAUGUCUUUUUUCGAGAGUUCCUAGAGCAGCAUCGAGACGAAUAUGAGAGUACGCCCCGACAGAACAGACGAGCAAUGGCUGUCGAACUUGCCCAAAGCCUUCGGAACAAUGGUGCUCGAUUCCUCCAGAAAGCAGAGUCGGGCGAAUGGGUGGAGAGCGACAAUUCACAAGCAGAGAAGAAGGUAUCUCAGUUUUUUCGCGAGCUACGGAAGAAACGAUCAAAAGCAGCAGGGGGGCGGUAA